UCGAAAAAGACCUUUGGUUCGUUCCAUCCCUCUGACUGGUACCUCUACCACCAAAUCAUAUCACAUGGCACUAACAAUCACUCUUAAACCCAUUUUUGUCUGUCGCGCUUCUCUUCUUCCUCUUUGAACCAUCUUCAAUUGCAGAACAUACAUACAUACCUAAGGUAUCUUGCCUUGUCAAAAAACAAUUCCUGUUAUAUUACAUAGUAUAUUGGUUUACCGCAGGGUGCGGGGCAACAUCGUUGACUGAUUAGUCUAUUGAGUUCGGUUCGAUCAACUCCAACCCGACCUCAUUAUCUUUGUCUGGGCGUAGCGCAUCGCAUAUCAUCCUUGACAAUGGACGCAGCAACUCAUCCAGAGAUGAGACCCUCGUUCACUUUCCCUUCGCCUCAAGUCAGAGUCGAUCAACAUGACGAUGCCUCUGGCGAUAAACCUCCCCCACCACUCAUCCAUCACCUGUAAGUCAGACUCAGAGCCUACUCAGUUUUUAAAUGCGCCCAAUGGGUCAAUUGACAAUCGCAUCAACCAAGGACGGAACCAACAGAAGUUCUUCAUUUCUCGAGUCCUCUCAGGCAUCACAAGAGAACCCCAAGCGCCCAUCGAGAGGUCAAGGUGCGGAACUAACACCAGCAUCGAGACCUUAUUGGACUGACCAGUUCCAUAGGAAACUCUCGAUGCGCAGACACAAUUUGGGGAUGAGGAUGCUGAUGGCUGCUCUCACCAUCGAGUAAACCAGUACACAAUUUUGGAAGAAAUCGGCAGAGGUUCUUAUGGCGCUGUCCAUCUUGCAAAGGACCAAUUCGGCAAUGAAUAUGCCGUAAAAGAAUUUUCCAAGGCUCGACUCAGAAAACGCCUCCAAUCCACGAUCCUCAGGCAAGGCCCUCGAGGCCCAAGGCGUAUGGGCCCUGGCGGCCGAGAUCCCUUCAAUUCAGUGCCCCGGGUCAAGGACUCCAAUGAUGCACUGCACCUCAUUCGAGAGGAAAUUGCCAUUAUGAAGAAACUAAACCACCCCAACCUAGUACAGCUCUAUGAGGUUCUUGAUGACCCCGAGGAAGAUUCCAUCUAUAUGGUCCUAGAGAUGUGCCGAAAGGGUGUCGUCAUGAAGGUCGGCCUUGACGAACACGCCAAUCCCUACCCUGAGGAAAACUGCCGCUAUUGGUUCCGAGACCUUAUAUUAGCCAUUGAGUAUCUUCAUGCUCAGGGUGUCAUCCACAGAGACAUCAAGCCAGAUAACCUGCUCUUAUCUGAUGAUGACGUGCUCAAAGUCGUUGAUUUUGGAGUUUCCGAGAUGUUUGAAAAACCUGAAAACAUGAGAACAGCAAAAUCUGCAGGAUCACCCGCUUUUCUUCCCCCUGAACUUUGUGGGAAGCAUGGCGACGUGUCGGGCACCGCGGCUGAUAUUUGGUCCAUGGGAGUUUCGCUCUACUGCCUCAAGUAUGGGCGCAUUCCAUUCAACCGUGAUGGCGUCUUGGACAUGUACGACGCUAUCAGGACCGAUGAACCUUCCAUCCCCGAGGACGAGAACCCGGACUUUGCCGACCUCAUGCAGAAGCUACUCAACAAAGACCCGGAGCAGCGCAUAACCAUGGAUAAACUUCGAGAGCAUCCCUGGGUCACCAAGCAGGGUACGGACACUCUCCUCUCUGCUGAAGAGAACUGUGCCAACAUGGUGGAACCUCCAAAUGAGCUUGAGGUUAACCGUGCCUUUACUCGCAAGAUGAAUCACCUCCUUUGCGUCAUGAAAGCCAUCCAUCGCUUCAAGUCCAUUCUGGCCAAGCAUCGCGCCAGAUCGAACAGUAGCCCGCCUAAACACGCCCAGGAUACCUUUGAUGCGUCCCAAGAAAGGGCAAAGGCAGAGGUGAUCGAGGCGUUGCUCUACCAGCGGCGCAAGUUUCUGAAUCAAAAGACUGAUGAAAGCAGCGAAACUCCGCCAAUUCACGAAACCAAGGGAAAUGACACCCCAUUCUUGGGAAUCGGCACAGGAACAAUGGACGAGUUCGCUUCCAAUGAGGCUACUCCAGAUAUGGUGUCCGAUUCGCCAACGGCCGUUGACUUCAACGUGUAUGACCGAGCGUAUGAAACUGCUAUAGAGAACAUCACGUCUGGUCAGAAUGAUUCUUCGAGAAGGCCAACAGUAUACUUGACCAAGUUCGUCAAGGAGACACGGAAACUGAAGGGGAUCCCUGGACUCACUGGGCAUGAAGACAUCUCUGAGAAUUCUGAUGACCUACAGAAAUCGGGGCCAGCAGCCAAGCUUUCGCACCUCACAUCCAAGCUUGGCCUCUCAGGGAAGCAAUAAGAACAAGUUGGGCCUUGGUCUAGGGCAUAAGCUACACCUUGGGGUAAGGCUACGCGUUUGGAAAUUACGUUGUACCAUUAUGGCGUUGCGGGUGAUCCCAGCAUGGUUGGUAGUGACGGAUCAAAGGCGGUGGACUCUUUUAGAAGCUCAGUGAGAACGAUACCACAAGACAUAUGUAUGAAAAAGCGUGCUCACCAUGUAACAUGACCGUUGGAUGCAACUGUGGUAAUUUUUUUGAAGCAAAGCAAAUACCCUCAUGUGUAGUGGUAGUAUGAACUGCGGGCCGGUACGAGUAGCGGCGCAGUUGACAGAUUUGGAGCCUCAGCAACUCGACCACAUAAAACGAAGGAGAUUUAAAGAUAAGAAUCAGGUAUGCGGUGACUCCUCUAUUUCGGCAUGGUCGGGCAGUCAGGCUUUUGGUGAGGAGGUUGACAGCCAUGGAAGAAAGGUACAACUUUGUGAUAUAGGUGCAC